AUGUUGGAGACGGUGGAAAAGUAUGAGGCUGUGUUUGAUAGAUAUUUUAUGAAGCUAAUUGCGGUUGAUAUUGGUUUCAAAACUUACUGUGGGAAUAAGGAUGAUGGUAGUACAAGAAAAAGAAGAAGACAUGAGAAACUUGUGGGGGCUCCCGAUGCCGACGAUUGUGAGGUUGCUAGGAACAAAGCACAGAGAGAAACAUGUGAAAAGACAAAGGAUGUAUCAUCUUCUAUACAAACAACUAGUUAUUUUGAUGGUUGGGAUGGAGUUUAUUUGGAAGGUGAUUUUGCAAGGUUUUUGGAACAACGUGGGAAAGGGGUUAAUAAAACAAAGGUUGAAGUUUAUUUAUCAGAUGGAAUGGAAAAGAAGGUGGAGGAAUUUCAGAUUUUAAAUUCGUGGAAACUUAAUUCCAUAAAGUUUCCUGUACUUUUUCAAGUGGCAAAGCAUGUUUUAGGAAUGCCGAUCUCUAGCGUAGCAUCAAAGUCGGAUUUUAGUGUUGGUGGGAGGGUGAUUGAUGCAACUAGGAGCUCCCUUACAGAGACGACUGCAGAAGCUCUGAUUUGCACACAGGAGUGGAACGUUCCAGUCCAAUUGAUACUCAACUUAAAAACAUGA